AUGGGAGAUAUCACGCCAGAACACGAAUCGGAUAGUCCGACCGACAAUGAACUGGAUGAGUCGAAUGGUCAGACACGUACUCAAAUAGUUCCGACAGUAAACAUUUCGCCACCUUCAUCGCCAACACGUCCACACCCUCCUGUAAAGGAGGAUGAUACUGAUGCACAUGAUCAUGAUUCAACUGAUAAAUCAUCAAAUGAUGUACUCGAUCUGCCGCAACGAGCAGUGUCCUCUACUAUAACGUCAUCACAUCGAUCGUCAGCCGACGAUGCUGUUCCAGAAAUGAAAAAGUUUCACGGUCCAAACAACCCAGUUGCUCGUGCUCGAUCGAACGUUGUCAUCGACGAAGAUGUACUAGAAAGAGAAGUUCGAGACAUUCUCAGCGGUAAAUAUAUUCAACGUCAGAUUCGCGCAAGCAUAUGUUCCGUUCCCGGCGAUGUUGAUUCGAAUGCAACGAUAGACAUCCAUCGGAAACGAUCGGUUUUUAUGAAAAAGAUGCCUUUUUCUGAAAAAUUGAAAAAAUCAAAGAAUCCCAAAGAACAUAAAUUGAAAUUUUUCGAAGUAUUCAAGUUCGCCGAUGGGCUCGAUGUACUUUUAAUGCUUAUUGGUAUACUAGCUGCAUUGGCAAACGGAGCUACCUAUUCAAUAAUGCUAGUCAUCUACAAACAAGUUCUGAACAAUCUGUCCAAUAACACCGUGGCAAGCAAUACAACUCUGUUCAAUCGUUCAAGCGAAUGUAAAACCGAUUUUGUUAACGUUACACACCCCGUGUCUCCAACCGAAGCUAUGAAAUCUAUUAUUAACUAUUAUGUUCUUCUCGGUUUUGGAAGUAUCUUAUUCAGUUACCUUUCAUCCGUCACGUGGCUUACUGCUGCUGAACGACAAAAAUUGGCUGGUUCGAUGAACGAAACGCUGGAGAACUAA